AUGGCAGACCGCAGCCGCUACCAAGAAGCUCCCCCUCCCCAUCCAGACCUCCUCGCUUUCGUCCAGGACCUGUACGACCAAGGCAUAACCAAUUGGCGUGACGUCAAUACCCGGCUCGAGCAGGAUGAAUCUCCUUGGACGUUUGGGUCGAAAUCCACAUUCCGUCGUUGGCGCGACAAGCAUGGGGUGUCUCGCCCCGGGCCCCACUAUCUUCAACCGCUCCCUUAUCCAUCUGACCACGCCAUAGCUGAAAAGAUCGUGGCCCUUGGGAGGGGGUUUCAAUCAUCCGGCUCACGUGUCAUAAAGGCCGCCUUGUCACUGGAAGGUAUGGUCGUUGGCGAGAAACGACUUCGCCCUAUCAUCAAGGAGCUGUACCCGGACAGGGCGGCAGGUCGGAUAUUCGGCAAGAGGAACAUACCGCGUCGCCCCAUCGGCCUUUUCAACGGGGCCAACGAGCAGUGGUCUGGCGAUGGGCAUGACAAGCUCAGAGAUUGGGGCUUUUGCUUCUAUGGCUGGCGAGAUGUUUACUCUGGCCAAAUCAUCAUCAUGUCCCUGCUCCCCAGCAAUCGCGAUCCUCAAAAUACCCUCUGGGCUGAUCUUUCCUUGCUACUCUGUCCAGGCUUCCCUCGCCAGAUCGCGACUGAUCGCGGCUCCGAAACCGAUCAGUUCUCGGGGACGCACGCGUGGUUAAGACAGAAUUAUGGCCAGGAGGUAUCGCCCUUGAUCCCGGUCCACCGGUACCUCAAGUCCACUCACAAUAUAACGAUUGAGCGGUGCUGGCGUGGCUUAAUCAAGCAUGUGAUCGAGCCUGUCGGGGAGGUGAUUGCGCAAGGAAGGGAAGAGGGAGGUUUUGUGAGCACGAAUGAUGCUCACAUACGAGUAUUUUGGUUUCUGUUUAUACCACUGGUCACCGACUCCCUCAACAAGUUCAUCAUCCUCCACAAUCAUUACAAGGUCCGAUAUCAGCGGGAGAAACACAACCCAUCAGGGUGCAGGCGGAUAGACGUGUGGAAACGACCAGAAGACUUUGGCGGUGAGCAGCACCUCAUCCCCCUCACUGAUGAGGCCCGCGGUAUUCUUGAGGUCUGGAGCGCAGAUGCCUACCGUGAGGGGCAGAUGCAGUGGCUGACACCGGCCGAGUACAACAUCUGCACUGCUGGGCUGGAGACCUUGGGGUGGACAGAGCGCUGGAGCUAUGAAGAUGUGUGGGCCUUAUUCUCGAGGCUGAUCGCCGUGGUGAUUGACGACUUGUAUCUGGAGCUGCAGAGGCAGUCUGAGGAAGUAGACACGGAUUAG